UUCUGAGCUCUCCAUUGAGCCGGUGGCUGCCGAUCCCGCUCGGAAAGAUCGCUGAGGAGAACUUGCAGUUAAUUUCCUUUCAAAAUGCCCAACAGCCGAACUCAGCGUAGGCACAAAGUUGGUCAAGAAGCUGGGCGACGUGAAUUAGUCUCCAGAUCUUUGCAAAGUGCUCAGCAUUGUCUUGAGAAUCAGGAUUUUGGAACAGCAUAUGCACACUAUCUUUUGGUACUAAAUUUGGCGCCUGAGCUAAAAAAGGAUGUGAAGGAAACUUUUCAGUUUACCCUUUUUAGGUGGGCAGAAGAACUGGAUUCUCUUGCACGAAUUCAAGAUUUAUUUGACUGCUAUGAACAUGCCCUAGAAUUAUUUCCUAAUGAUGAAGUCAUAUGUAACAGCAUGGGAGAGCAUCUCUUCAGAAUGGGCUUUAGAGAUGAAGCAGCAGCAUAUUUCCAUAAAGCUGUGAAGUUAAACCCUGACUUUCUUGAUGCAAAGGAGAAUUUUUAUCGUGUUGCCAACUGGGUAGUGGAACGGUGGCACUUCAUCAUGCUUAAUGACAUCAAAAGAAAUUUGCUGUACCAGAAAGCAGUUCAGAAGGCAGUUCAUUCGGGGUGUAGAAGUGUUCUUGAUAUUGGAACAGGAACUGGAAUUCUCAGCAUGUUUGCCAAAACAGCUGGAGCAUCUUCUGUUUAUGCCUGUGAGUUGUCAAAGACCAUGCAUGAGUUGGCUUGUGAAGUGUUAGUUGCAAAUGACUUGGCUGGAGAAAUCAAACUUUUUCAUAUGAAGUCUCUUGACUUAGAAAUUCCAACGCACAUACCUGAAAGAGUUUCUCUGGUUGUCACCGAGACUGUAGAUUCUGGCUUGUUUGGAGAAGGAAUUGUGGAAAGCUUGAUACAUGCUUGGGAGCACUUGCUCUUACCUCCAAAGCCUAAUGAUGAAGUUGGUGCCAAAAACUAUGGUAGAGUUAUACCAGCAGGAGCAAUUAUAUGGGGGAUGGCAGUGGAAUGCAGAGAGAUACGCAGACACCACAAGGUAGGUGUAAAAGAAAUUGCUGGUGUGUGUUUGCCUGAGGUUUUGGAGUUCCACAGUCCAACCUACACUACUGUAAAUUCAGAUGAAACUGUAGAACCUUACACCACUGAAAAACUCAGUAGAGUACCUGGUGGCUACAAAUCCCUCACAGACCAUUUUCAAGUUUUAACAGUGGAUUUUAACAAUCUGCAGGACUUGAAAAACUUUGCAACUCGUAAGCCAUUCAAGAUCAACAUGCCUAUUAUUAAAGGAGGAAUCCUGGAUGCCAUUGUAGUCUGGUUCACACUACAACUUGAUGAUGAAUAUACACUUUCUACAAGUCCAAGUGAGGAAACCUGCUGGGAACAAGCAGUCUAUCCUGUACAAGGCCUUCUUGAUUACUCUGUGAAACCUGGAGAUUCUGUGAUGAUGGAAAUAUCCUGCCAGGACUGCUAUCUAAGGCUCCAAGACUUUUCUCUUGUCACUUCAGACAGUGGGAUGGAUGUAGAAAAAAACUCCAAGGAAAAGAACAAUGAGGCUGAACUCUGCAGUGCUCUGGCCAGCCUUCAGACGGCAAGCAAAGUGGAAAGGAUCAGGCAGGAAUGCAUGCUGGAAUCCACUGAGAUUGCUUUGCUCAAUAACCUGCCCUAUCAUGAAUGUUUCAGAACAGCAAUAAGCAAAGUGCUCUCCACAUUAAGCCUGCAUGAACAAUCACAGUCCAUGGAUGUCGACAGCCAGAGCUGUGAGCUUCAUCUUGAAAAGAACCAGACUAAGAACCCUGCAACUCCUGAUCCUUUGUAUAUGUUGGAUGUAUCAGAGGGCUUUUCAAUUUUGCCACUAAUUGCAGGCAAAUUUGGGCCAGUGAAGGUGUACAGCUCGGUUGAAAAAGAACAGCAUCAAAAAGCUCUCAUCUUGAUUUCAGAAGCCAAUGACUUUCCUAAGGAAACAUUAGAGUUUUGGCUUGGCCACCUACAGGAUGAAAAUAUGGUAUUACAGAGGCCUAAAUCAGACAGACUAUGGAGUAUUAUAAUUUUGGAUGUCAUAGAGACUUCUGGUCUAAUUCAGCAGGAUGUGAUGGAAAAGGCAGCAAUAUCUAGGUGUUUGCUUCACUGUGGAGGGAAGAUAUUCCCACAGCAUGUGAAGAUGUAUGGAAUGCUUGUGGAAUCACAGUCUUUAGUACUUGAGACUGCGGUUCAAGGGAAAGAGCCCACCCUUGGUUUUAACAUUGCCCCAUUCAUUAACCAAUUCAAGGUACCUGUCCGGGUCUUCUUGGAUCUGUGCACACUACCAUAUGUACCUUUGAGCAAGUCAGUGGAACUGCUGCGAGUGGAUCUCAUGAAUCCAUAUUUGAACUACUCCAGAAGAGAAGUUAAGGUGCAGAUUUGUAAAUCAGGUCGAGUAACUGGUAUUCCAUUUUGGUACCAUAUGCAUCUAGAAGAUGAUAUAUAUUUGGAUACAUCAAGUGAGUCCUCCCAUUGGAAGCAAGCUGCUGUUGUGUUAGAUGAGCCAAUUCCAGUUGAACUAGGAGAUGAACUGGUGCUCAGUGUUCAGUACCACAAAAGUAAUGUCAGCAUCACAGUAAAUCGGUAAGCCAUUAUUGGCUUUAGCUGGUUUUUAAUAUGUGUAACUUAAUGAGCUCCAUUUUAAUAACUGUUUAAAUAAAACAAUUGUGUAUAAGAAAAGUGUUCUCUUAUCUGUUUUAAAGUCCUGUUCUCAUAUGAAGCUAUUGUGCAAUGAAGGACAACUUAUUUGAUUGCCUACGUUCCAUCAAAAACUUGUGAUAAUUUGAAGCCUUUAUAUUUUUGUAGUCCAUAUUUUUACCAUAUAAAUAUAUUCCAAAAAUAUAUUCAACUGCAAAAAUUCCUUCCUCCCUGCAAAGCUGACAGUCUUCAUAUAAAACACCUACAAAUACAAAACACCUGUUGUCAGGGAUGCUUUGUAGUCCCACUGAGUUGCUGUUCCUGGCUCCAACUCCUUGAACUCCUGUACAACUUCCCAGCCAAAUAUACCCGUGAGUUCUGAAGAUGGAUUUUGUACACAACAAAACAAAUCCUGUAAAAUGAAUUAAAGGUUUAUCAAAUUACUAAAAAAAAUGAGCUAUCCAGUACAGUCUCAGCAGGUUAAUAACAAGAAAAUUAAAAAGCUGAUUUUUCUAAUAAAUUUCAUAGCUGGGUUACAGAUGGGAAAUCUCUUACAGCAUGGGUGGCCAACAGUAGCUCUCCAGAUGUUUUUUGCCUACAUCAGCCCCAGCCAGCAUGGCCAAUGGCUGGGGCUGAUGGGAAUUGUAGGCAAAAAACAUUUCCAGAGCCACCGUAGGCCACCCCUGUCUUACAGCAUGAAAGCAUAAGCAUACCCUAGCAUGGCAUAGCAUUUACUAACCUAUAGCCCCAAUUUAUAGCUUUUUGUGCCAUAGGGUCAGGUGAUCUGUCUCAUUCGACCAAAGAUCUUUCCAGAAACCUUACAGAAGAUGCAAGCUUCUGUUCCCAAUUUCCCCCUCCCAUCAUGUUACACAAUUAAGCACAGGUUCCCAUAAUCUAUCCAAUUACAUUUCAUUGUCUGGCCUUGAAGGAGAUAACGAGUGCUGAAAUCACACACACUUGUAAGCUCAAGUAGGCUUUAGAAUACUCAUGUUAAUCCUUGCAAGGGAAUUAGGGUGCUAAACAUCACAGCUUAUCUAUCGGAAAACUCGAAUACAAAUUAGAAUUUAAAAUUAUCCAGAACAUAAAAAGGGUAACAACUGGUUAUUUUCUGCGGCUCUGCUCAGGUACCUUUGCUUUUUGAGAUUAGUGGGAGGCAGCCUGGGAGAGAGGGCCUUCCAAGUCAUGAUUCUGGAACCCAUCCUGCCCUUCUAGAGAGGUUACUAUGUCCCCUUCUGUUGCCAUCUUCUGCCAGCAGGUGAAGUUUUUUCCCUCCUUUCUGCCCUAUGUUUUAAUCGUUUUUGGUUUAUCUGUAUUGUAGCUUUGGUUUUAAUUGUUUUUAAUGAUGUAUAGUUGUUGGUUUUAAUAGUUUUCAGGAUAUGAUUUUAUUAUGUACAUUUUUAAUCUAUUAGCUGCUUUGACAGCCUUGAUGAUGGUAGAAUGGCUAAGUAUACAUUUUGUAAAUAAUAAAGAAUGGAAAAUUGGAAUUAAAA